AUGGCAUACCAGGAAAAUUUAGGUGUGAGAAGUGUAAGAGAAAGCAAACUGCAUGCAUAUUUCAAUGUAAAAAAUGUUACAAAGAAAAUAAGGACAAAAAAAACUCACCCAAAUGCUAUAACUAUUAUUCUAUUAGACAAACCAAUUGACUACGAUUUUAGCUUAGAAGUUGAUAAAAUAUAUCUUAGUAUUAAUGGUCUUAAAUUAGAAAUGACGCAAGAAAAAAUCGACGUCUUCUUGAAAUUGCUAUCGCAACUACCCAGACCUUGUGAAUUUCUCAAUCCAGCAUCAGAACCUAGCCGCUUACCUCAACCAUAUGUCACUUCUGUCUUUGAUAAUAGCUUGCCUCAAAUUGACAACAACGAUUCUGGUGGUGAAUUCAAUUGUUUAUCUCAGCAUAAUGUCGCCAAUUCUGCUGAACCUAACAAUUUUGACACAAUCAAUUACUCAUCUCAGAAUAUUGUUACAAAUUCUAAUCAUCCGCCUCAGUUCUAUGUUAAUAGUUUUAAUACUGGUCUUAAUAACUUAUCUCAAUCCUACGUCACUAACGGCUCAUCUCAACAUUAUAUUAACAGUACUACCGUUGGGUUCGAUUGCAAAUUUCAAUUUCAUGUUGCCGAUUCUGCUGAUAACUCUAGUCAAUCGCAUAUCACCAAUCUUGCUAAGCCUAACGACUCACGUCAAUUGCAUAUUGCCGAUUCUGCCGAUAACUCUAGUCAAUCGCACAUCACCAACCUUACUGAGCAUAACGACUCCCGUCAUUUACAUGCCAACAAUCCUGCCAUACUCAAUAAUUUAUAUCACUGA